GACACGGACCGGCGGACGAGAGAGAGCGAAUUCGCUUGGGCCGUGGCUUUGUAACUCGCUCUCGCCCGACACCCUGCCUGGCUCGGGCCCAUCGUUCACUCCGUUUAACUUUUAAAAUCCAACCCGGACUGGCCCCCUGGAGCCGAGCGAGCGAGCGAGUACAUCGCGGCGUCCGUCUCUCGUCGUGAGCCGCUUAAAAGGGGGUCAACGUUGUCGGUUCGCGAAGAUCGAACCCUCGACGUCGUCUUGUCGCUGUGUUCCGAGCUCUGGUGGGAGGCACAGUAGUGGGGGGACGGAGUUGGGGGGGGGGGGCUUUGUCGGUUACUUAACGGGGGAAGGGGGUCAGCUACUGAUCCGACGCCACCAUGAAGCUCGUUCGGUUCCUGAUGAAGAACGCGGGGCUUGUCCACCUGCCCCGGCAACUGGAACAUUACUCCAAGUUUUCUCCUUCGCCGCUCUCAAUCAAGCAGUUCAUCGACUUCGGAUCGCGGAAUGCGUGCGAGCGAACCUCGUACGUGUUCCUGCGGCAGGAGCUGCCCGUCCGGCUCGCCAACAUCAUGAAGGAGAUCAACCUCCUUCCUGACAACCUCCUGAGCACACCCUCUGUGCAACUCGUGCAGAGCUGGUAUGUGCAGAGCUUCAUGGACAUUUUGAAAUAUGAAGGCAAAGAUCCGGAGAGUGAUGUCCUUUCAGGAUUCAUGGAGACGCUGGUGAACAUCCGGAACCGGCACAACGACGUUGUGCCCACGGUCGCGCAGGGUGUGAUCGAGUACAAAGAGACAUACGGAGUGGACCCGGUGACCAGCCAGAACGUGCAGUACUUCCUCGACCGCUUCUACAUGAGCCGAAUAUCCAUCCGCAUGAUCAUCAACCAGCACACGCUGCUCUUCAACGGGAGCUUGAACCCUGCCCACCCCAAGCACAUUGGCAGCAUCGACCCCAACUGCAACGCCGUUGAGGUCGUCAAAGAUGCCUUUGAAAAUGCCAAGAUGCUGUGUUACCAGUACUACCUGGGCUGCCCCGAACUGGAAGUGUCGCAGUUCAAUAUACAAGGAGCGGAGGAGGAGGUGCACAUGGUCUACAUCCCGUCCCACCUCUACCACGUGCUCUUUGAGCUCUUCAAGAACUCGAUGCGGGCGACGGUGGAGCACCACGACGCCCUGGGCACUGCGUACCCGGCCAUCAAAGUGAUGGUCUCUCUCGGCAAGGAGGACCUCAGCAUCAAGGUGAGCGACCGGGGCGGCGGAGUGCCGCUGCGCAAGAUCGAGCGCCUCUUCAACUACAUGUAUUCGACGGCGCCGCGGCCCCACAUCGACACGGCGCGCGCCGCGCCCCUCGCCGGCUUUGGCUACGGGCUGCCUAUCUCGCGCCUCUACGCGCGAUACUUCCAGGGUGACAUCCAGCUCUACUCCAUGGAGGGCUACGGCACGGACGCCGUCAUCUACCUCAAGGCCCUGUCGAGCGAGUCGGUUGAGCGACUGCCGGUCUUCAACAAAUCCGUAUUCAAGCACUACCAGGUGAACCAGGAGGCGGACGACUGGUGCGUGCCCAGCAGCGAGCCCCGCAACCUCGCCACGUACCGCUCGUAGUCGCGAGCCGCCCGCCGAUCGCGAGCCGCCCGCAUGCCGCCCUGCUGCUCCUCUCUGCCACGCGUCGACGACGACCCCCUGCCUGACCCCAGCCACGGUUCUCGCUCCAGGAUUGCAAGCCUGCGGAUUUUCAAGCCGCGUUGGGCUCUGAGAGGGAGUCCGGUUCUGUUUUUUUUGUUUUCAACGCACAGAGAGCUGCAGUGAAGCAAAGUCGUACCCAUUGGUUCGCUUCGGUAGCCCUGAUGAGAGUGGUGCUAUCGGUGGAGGCCCUCGCCCGCAGGCCUUAAUGCCCAGUGCCGUGCCUAUUCCGUCCAGAAAUCCUCGGUCGCUUUUUACUUGAAAUUGUCACUGACUGAUGCUCCGCUUACAGAUUUCCACUUCGUGUGGAAUCCAGUCGGGACGCGAUUGAAUUCAGGGGGUUUAAAAUCCAGGUACUCUUUUCCUUUUGCA